GUUGCAACCGAAAGUCUACGAUUGCCGAUUCCAAAUCACCUAAACCCGCGCAUUGCACGUCUUAUCGAAUUGUGUCUCAAGGAAGAUCCAGGCAAACGACCUCGAUUUGACGCACAGCUGAUCCAGUUGUUGGACAAAAUGCGUGAACGUGCCGGUCAGUAG